GCCCACGCCCGACAGCCGCCCGGACACCUAGGACCUCCGGGCAGGGAUGCAGCUGGGGGUCUAGGGAAGCACUUCUACCCUCUUCCUCUCCUCAGUCCUGGCAGGGUGGUUUCCCAAACCCCUCAAGAUAUUCAUGGAUGGAUGAGAGGAGCUGAAGCUGACCUCCUCCUCUGUGACCACCUUUUCUUCCUGCCAUGGAGGAAGCUUUGUUGCCCCUGGCCAUGACCUCUGACUCCAGGCCCUUUAAUCAACAACUCCCAGAGCCUCCAGACCCAAGAUGUGUCUUGGAACCUCAGGACAAUCCUGAACUGGCACCUGCCCUGGUGUGUGCUCUUUGCUGCUGCUUUGGAAUCAUCUACUGCUGCUUCGGCUACCGCUGCUUCAAAGCAGUGAUGUUUCUCUCGGGCCUGCUAUCAGGAGCUCUGGUGAUCUUUCUGCUAUGCCACAAGGAGCGAGUGCUAGAGACACAGCUGAGCCUGGAGGUGAGCGCGGGCAUUGCGCUGGGCAUCGGACUCCUCUGCGGCCUGGUCACCAUGCUGGUUCGCAGUGUUGGGCUCUUCCUGACUGGUCUCCUGCUAGGCCUAACCCUGGGUGCUGGGGCCCUGCUGGGCACCGAACCCAUCUACCAACCACCUUCAGCCUGGGUGCCAGCUGGGGGGCUGGUGGGGCUGGCACUGCUGGGAGCCCUGCUCACGCUUCGGUGGCCACGUCCAUUCACCAUUCUGGGCACAGCUCUGUUGGGUGCUGCGGUGCUGGUGGCCUGUGCUGACUAUUUCCUGGAAGGGCUAGCACUGGGCAGUCGGCUGGGCCAACGCUUGCAGGCACUUCCAGCCUUGCCUCCUCUCUGCUGGUAUAGCUGGGUCUUGCUGGGAACUUGGCCAGCCCUGGGGGCCCUUGGGGCCCUGGCCCAGUGGAAGCUCAUGGAUGAGGAACAUGGAGCCCACGCCAAUGCAGUGGUCUUGAGCCACCAGCGAAGGCAUCUCCAACUCCUUCGGAUCCGUCAGCAAGAGUCCAAGUGGCAUCGGACCUCCCCUGGGGUGGGGCUCUGUGAGGGCAGCUAUCGGCGCCAGCUCCCACCCAAUGCCAGGAGCCCUGCUGACAGUCUGGCUCCAAGUUAUCUCCAGAGCCUUCGAGAGCGCCAACUGGGGCCAGGCAACCAGGCCCCAGCCCCCCACACCAUCCUGGACUUGGAUUCUGACUGUGGUUCCACUGUACCCCUCACCACGCCUUCUAGUUCCACCCAGACCUGAGCCUAAACCUGCUCUGACACCCCAUACCCCUAGCAAGUGUCUGGGAACACUAGUUGGAUAGGGUCUGAGCCCACAGCACCCACACACAAACUUCCCCCACCUUGUAGACUUGGGAAUGGAAUCUAUGCUCCAACCUAGACCAGCCCUGUAGAAAUAGGUUUCAGAGACAGAGAGAAGAAUCUUGGGGAGAAGAGAGUAAUGGAAGUAUGAGUAGCUACCUCUGUCCAAUAAUAGAGGUGGCCUGGUCCUGAAAGUAAAUGACUCCCUAAUUCCCUCCAAAUUAAGGAGGUGCCUUAUCCAGAUAGCCUUUUAUAUA